UGCAGGACCUGGUUCGGAAUUCCGUAGUUUGUGAUCAGGGAAGGGCGUCCCAGCAGCAGCUUCGUUCCAUCUCCACAGCGUCGCUGCCUCGCACUGCUGGAGUGUUCCCCCCUGAACUGCACUGCUGCCCGCAACACGGAGGAAACCAGGAGCGUCCGCUGCUUCUCCGCCGCCGGCUGAAGUGAGCCUGCACCCCACAUCCCCUCCCAUUCCUCCGGUCCUCCUCGGAGCAGAAUGCGUUGAUCUCCGCUCUGUCUGUGGCAGGAUGAUUUCUGUCGUCUCCACGGUGGAGAGCGUUCCCAGAGGUACGGGCACCCCGGCGCCGAGCCUUUACCAGCGGAUCAGGAAGGUCUUAACCAGGGACCUGCUGGUGACCCUGGCCCUGGGCCAGGUCUUGUCUUUGUUAAUCUGUGCUAUCGGUCUGACCAGCAAGUACCUGGCUGAUGACUUCCAUGCUAACACACCGGUGUUCCAGAGCUUUCUCAACUACAUCCUGCUGUUUCUGGUCUACACCACCACACUGGCAGUCAGACAAGGGGAAGGGAACUUGCUGGCCAUUCUGAAGCAGCGCUGGUGGAAAUACAUGAUUCUGGGUCUGAUAGACAUUGAGGCCAACUAUCUGGUCCUGAAGGCCUACCAGUACACUACACUCUCCAGUGUGCAGCUGUUAGACUGUUUUGUCAUCCCAGUGGUCCUGCUGCUGUCCUGGUUCUUUCUCUUGGUGAGGUACAAGGCUGCCCACUUCAUCGGGGCAGGACUGUGUCUGCUGGGUAUCGGCUGCAUGGUGGGAGCUGACAUCCUACUUGGUCGGCAGCAAGGCCUCGGAGAGCAGAAGCUAUUUGGGGACCUUUUGGUUCUGGGAGGAGCAACACUGUAUGGGAUCUCCAACGUCUGUGAAGAGUUCAUUGUGAAGAACCUGAGCCGUGUGGAGUUCCUCGGCAUGAUGGGACUCUUUGGAUCUUUCUUCAGUGGCAUCCAGCUGGCCAUCAUGGAACACAAGGAGCUGCUGAAGGUAUCCUGGGACUGGCAGAUAGGUCUCCUCUAUGUUGGUUUCAGUGCCUUCAUGUUUGGCCUGUACAGCUUCAUGCCGGUGGUGAUGAAGAGGACGAGUGCCACCUCAGUCAAUCUCUCUCUGCUCACAGCUGACUUGUACAGCCUCUUCUGUGGCCUCUUCCUCUUUCACUACAAGUUCUGUGUCCUCUACCUGUUAUCAUUCUUCAUCAUUAUAUUGGGCCUGGUCCUUUACUCCUCCUCUUCUACCUACGUGGCCCAGGAUCCGCGAGUCUACAAGCAGUUCAGGAACACAGGCAGCCAGCCAGCCACCGACCCGCCCCCGCUUAGUCCUGGAGUCCAGGAGCCGUCCGUCACCUACACCAUCCUGGGCCCUGAGCCUAGGGACGAGCUUCCUGUACGUGUAGCCUAAGAUGAUCUGGGAGGGUUUAGUCUGUCGGCCUGGUGGGUCAGUGUGUCAGCUGAAGCCACCAGAUUCUGCCCACAGUUAUUCAGAGAAAUAGUGCUGACUGUACCCAGUCUGCUGAGCAGGGCAGCUGGGUGAUCAUCCAGGUAGGUCCAGGUUUUUAUUUUUAAUGGCCUGUAUUGAGGGACAGAGUCUCAACCUGCUCAGUGACCAAGUUAAGACAAAUUCAUGUACCCAAAUAUGUACCUGAUAAAUGAAUGAGCAGAAUGUCAUUAAAUCAACUAGCAAAGCAAGUGAAAAUGUUGAGUUCACUGUGAUCAAAGACUGUGAGUAGACAGUAGUGACUGUAAAUGAUCCUUCAUGUAAAUAGAUGGUAUUGUUCUUUUAUGUAAUCUCCUGCUUUCUUUUUAUAUCUGUCAAGAAUGUGCUUAAUACCUGUGGAUAUGCUAAAACUAAAACUGUAUUUAUUUCAUUUCUGUAUUCAUUCCAUUUCUUAUCUGAUUAAAAUCUACAGUGUAAUAAACAGACUGGGGUCAAUUAAAGGGGUAAUGUGUAAGAACUGCUCAACUGUUGAAUUCCUGUUCCAGACAAUAAAAUCCAUAAAGAUUU